AUGGCGACGCUCUCCCUGCUCCGCUUCACGCCGCUACCUCCACUUUCAACUCCGACGAGGUCUCGCCCUCCGCCGGCCGUCCAAAUGCGGCUUCCCCUCCGUUACGCCGCCGCCGGGAAGCCCUCCGCCCUCUGCAGGCCCCGCCGCGCCGCCGCCACGAUGUCGUACCAGGGUCCCGUCCCUGCGUCGGAGCGGCUGUUCUCUGCCCUGGCUUACGCCCUCCCGUUCUUCAAUUCUCUCCAUUACGGUCGCUUCCUGUUCGCCCGAUUCCCGUCCCUGGGCGUCGCCAUUGAGCCUCUGCUCCCCUUGCUGGCGGCCUACAGGGCCGUCCCCUACGCCAGCUUCGUCGCCUUCUUCGCCCUCUACCUCGGAGUCGUGCGCAACCCCAUCUUCGGUCGGUACGUGAGGUUCAACGCGAUGCAAGCGGUGGUUCUGGACGUCUUCCUGGCCCUCCCGACGCUGGUUCAGAGGAUAUUCGGGACGCCGGCGAGCGGCAUCGGUUUCCGGGUGCUCGAGUGGGGGUACAACGGCGUCUUCGCCUUCGCCGUUGCGUCUUUCUUGUACGGGGUCGUUGCUUGCGUCCUCGGUAAGACGCCAUACCUACCGAUCGUGGCAUCGGCGGCGGAUCGGCAGCUCUGA